AUGAAGUCUGAGGAAACUGUUACCGGAGCAAUGACGAAUACGGCGGCAGAGGCUCCGUACGACGAAGCUCAGACGUGGGUUUGUUGGGACAUAGAGAAAUGCCCUA